UUUGAAAAUGGUGAGGAGCCCUAAGUGCGAUUGAAGCCGCUUGAAGGAGAAGGAGAAGGAAGCAACUGGUCGCUGAAUCACCCUUUGAAAUUCGUGAGGAGCCCUUCAAGUUCUUGCGAUUUGGUGCCCAUACUCUGCAGGUCAGAUUGUGGAGUCACUAUGUCAAUCAAUCAGACAGACCCUUUGUUGAUUGCUGAUGUAGAUGCACAGGCUAUACUGAAGAGAUUUCAUCCCCCAAAGCCAGAUUGGUUUGAGAAGUUCUUUGCUCUGUUUUUAGCCAAGUGCUGCGGUUAUUAUGAGGGAAAGGUUGCAGGUUAUAAAGCAGAGAUUUUUUCUAGGUUGAAAGGAAGGGUUAAUAAAGUGCUGGAGCUUGGUAUAGGGUCUGGUCCCAAUCUCAAAUAUUAUGCUGGUGAUGGUGAUGUCCAUGUUUAUGGCAUAGAUCCAAACGAAAAAAUGGAAAAAUAUGCUCAAGAAGCAGCAGUAGCUGCAGGUCUACCCCCAACAAAUUUUAAUUUUAUACAAAUGGUUGGUGAGGCAUUGCCAGUAAGUGAUGCAUCCAUGGAUGCAGUUGUUGGAACUCUUGUAUUAUGUUCUGUUCAAGAUGUUGGUUUGGCACUACAAGAGGUGAAGAGGGUGCUGAAACCAGGUGGCCUUUUCAUUUUUAUAGAGCAUGUGGCUGCACAAGAUCAAACAACUCUAAAAUUCUUCCAGGGUAUUCUGAACCCUUUGCAGAAGAUAAUUUCUGAUGGUUGUCAUCUCACCAGGCACACAGAAAAACACAUUUCUGAAGCUGGGUUUUCAGAUGUUGACAUUAAAAGGGCCUAUCUGUCUUUCUGCUUUCCUGUAAACCCCCACAUAUAUGGGAUAGCACGUAAAUAGAACCCAAAUAAUGUGACAAGUGUUCAUUUGUUAUUAUGUUAUUAUACAUUAUGUAAAACCUCAUUUUGACAUUUUAAAGGGAACAUCCACUCCGAAUUUUCCUUCCCA